AUGGAAGAAUUCAGAAUGACCGUCAAAUACACAUUGGACGUUUCAACGUCACGACCAUGGACGUUCUUCAAAUUGUUGUUGCGGAUGCGAGGCAGUAUUUGGAAAACAAUUGGUUUGGAGUUAACCGUAUGGCUGGGCUUGUAUUUAGUUGUAUCGGUUAUUUAUCGAAACGCCCUCAACGCUGACCAGAAGCGAGUGUUCGAAAGAAUUGUGGAUUUCGCUGAUAGCAAACUUCAUUAUAUACCACUCGACUUUAUGCUUGGAUUUUUUGUGACGUCGGUGUUGAAUCGGUGGAAUAGAUUCUUCCUGAGCAUUGGUUAUAUUGAUAAUAUUGCACUGAUGGUGGCUGCAUAUGUACGUGGUGCAGAUGAGAGAACACGAAAAUUGCGACGAAACAUCGUUCGGUAUUGUGUGCUGUCACAAGCGCUUGUCUUCAGGGACAUCAGCAUGCGUGUACGGCGUCGAUUUCCGGAACUGGAUAACGUUGUUGCCGCAGGAUUUAUGAUGGAACAUGAGAAGAAGAAAUUCGAAGAUAUCCAGUAUCGCUAUGCGAAGUAUUGGAUGCCGUUUCAGUGGGCACUCGCACUCUGUCAUGAAGCACGUCAGCAACACAAAAUCGCUAGUGAUAUACUUCUGCAGAAAGUGGGUGAGGAAAUAAAGGAAUUUCGAACGCAUAUGGCAGUGUUGUGUAAUUUCGACUGGGUGCCUUUACCGAUCGCAUAUCCUCAGUUGAUCGUACUCGCGGUUCACAUCUACUUCGCAAUUUGCAUUAUAGCUCGGCAACACAUUAUCUCGGAUGAUGCUCCGAAUAAAACAAAAGAAACGAGUUGGGCAGUUCUUAAUGCAAAAAUGGCAUUACAGUUCGACGCGGUGUUUCCUGUGAUGACAGUUCUUCAAUUUAUCUUUUAUAUGGGAUGGUUGAAAGUGGCGGAAGUGAUUCUGAACCCUUUCGGAGAGGAUGACGACGAUUUCGAGUGCAUACCUCAGAUCGGAUUGACCGUCGUUGACGAGGGCUAUGGUCGUACUCCACAGGUGAUGAAAGAUAUGUUUUGGGAUGACAAGAUUGAGCCGCUCUACUCACCCGAAGCAGCGCAAAUGGAACGACGUAUGAGCUGCAUGACAAGUGGACUGACCGGAUCUGUAGCGGACGUCGUGUGA